CCUGUACUGUGUCCCCAGUCUCUGGUCAUCUCCUGUACUGUGUUCGCAGUCUCUGGUCAUCUCCUGUACUGUGUCCGCAGUCUCUGGUCAUCUCCUGUACUGUGUCCGCAGUCUCUGGUCAUCUCCUGUACUGUGUCCGCAGUCUCUGGUCAUCUCCUGUACUGUGUCCGCAGUCUCUGGUCAUCUCCUGUACUGUGUCCGCAGUCUCUGGUCAUCUCCUGUACUGUGGCCGCAGUCUCUGGUCAUCUCCUGUACUGUCUGCAGUCUCUGGUCUUCUCCUGUACUGUGUCCGCAGUCUCUGAUCAUCUCCUGUACUGUGUCCGCAGUCUCUGGUCAUCUCCUGUACUAUGUCCGCAGUCUCUGGUCAUCUCCUGUACUACUCCUGCAGUCUCUGACCAUCUCUUGUACUAUGUCUGCAGUCUCUGGUCAUCUCCUGUACUAUGUCUGCAGUCUCUAGUCAUCUCC